CGCGGGCGCGGAAUGAAGGCCCGCGGCCCUGGGGGCUGAGGCGCCCGCCGCCGCCUGGCGCGGGCCGCGCGCGUCCUCAUGGAGGCCGGAGAGGAACCGCUGCUGCUGGCCGAACUCAAGCCCGGGCGUCCCCAUCAGUUUGACUGGAAGUCAAGCUGUGAGACCUGGAGUGUGGCCUUCUCUCCAGAUGGUUCCUGGUUCGCCUGGUCUCAAGGACACUGCGUGGUCAAGCUGGUCCCCUGGCCAUUGGAGGAGCAGCUCAUCCCUAAAGGAUUCGAAGCCAAAAGCCGAAGCAGCAAAAAUGAUUCAAAAGGACGAGGCAGCCUGAAGGAGAAGACACUGGACUGUGGUCAGAUUGUGUGGGGGCUGGCCUUCAGCCCGUGGCCCUCUCCACCCAGCAGGAAACUCUGGGCACGCCACCAUCCCCAGGUGCCAGAUGUCUCUUGCCUGAUCCUGGCCACGGGUCUCAACGAUGGACAGAUCAAGAUUUGGGAGGUGCAGACAGGGCUCCUGCUUCUGAAUCUUUCUGGCCACCAAGAUGUCGUGAGAGAUCUGAGCUUCACACCCAGUGGAAGUUUGAUCUUGGUUUCUGCAUCCCGGGAUAAGACUCUUCGAAUCUGGGACCUGAACAAACAUGGUAAGCAGAUCCAGGUGUUGUCUGGCCACCUGCAGUGGGUUUACUGCUGUUCCAUCUCCCCCGACUGCAGCAUGCUGUGCUCGGCCGCUGGUGAGAAGUCGGUCUUUCUGUGGAGCAUGCGGUCCUACACACUCAUCCGGAAGCUAGAAGGCCACCAGAGCAGUGUUGUCUCCUGUGACUUCUCUCCUGACUCUGCCUUGCUCGUCACAGCUUCUUACGACACCAGCGUGAUUAUGUGGGACCCCUACACUGGCGAGAGGCUGAGGUCACUUCAUCACACCCAGCUGGAACCUGCCAUGGACGACAGUGAUGUCCACAUGAGCUCGCUGCGGUCUGUGUGCUUCUCCCCUGAAGGCUUGUACCUCGCGACAGUGGCAGAUGACAGGCUCCUCAGGAUCUGGGCUCUGGAACUGAAGGCUCCAGUUGCCUUUGCUCCUAUGACCAAUGGUCUCUGCUGCACAUUCUUCCCACACGGUGGAGUUAUAGCCACAGGGACGAGAGAUGGCCAUGUCCAGUUCUGGACGGCUCCCCGAGUCCUGUCUUCACUGAAACAUUUAUGCAGGAAAGCUCUGCGCAGUUUCCUGACAACAUACCAAGUCCUAGCACUGCCAAUCCCCAAGAAGAUGAAAGAGUUCCUCACAUACAGGACUUUCUAGUCACACCAGCCAUCCUGACUCCUGUCGCAGAAGCAAUGCAAGGGACUGGCUAGGAUGGAGCCAGCAGAUCACACUGGACCCGCUGUGGACCUUUCUCCCCAUUGGCAUGUGCAAGGAGGUCUGAGUGACCCCACUUCCGUGGUGCCAGCCUUACCUCGUCCUCGUCCAUCGUGAGCAGCCUUUGUCUAUCUAGUUGUCUUGAAGCCGAGUGCAGUUAGGGUGUUUGGGGAAUAAAAGCCAGCAGGCUCCAGAGCCUAUCUGGUGGUGGCCGAGUCCACACUCCCUUCACUGGGAGUGCCUGCCAUGUAGCACAGUACCUGCUGCCCGUUUCCGGUCAGUGGCUGCAUGGUUUGAAGUUCCUCUGCUCUGGUCAGAGGAACAUUUGGGUUUGGCACAUCUUUCUGGCCAAGACGUUCCCAUGGAGCUGUCUGGUUUGUUGCUCAGCUGCAGGUGGACUGGGGCGUGCUCCUCACCAAUACACUAGUACUGGCUUAUUUCUCUUUAAACAGUGGUAUGCAUGUGUAGGGAAUGACAAACAAGUACAUCAGAUCAUAGGAGGAGGUGCUCCUCAACUGCAUGAUGGUCAGAUGGCCAUUUAUCAGCAUAUUUAUUUGUGUUUUCUCAGCAGAUAUUAAGGUACAACUGUGUUUUCUCAGUGGUCUCUAAAAACCCAGAGUUCAGAAGUGGCCCAGUUGUGAAGCCAUGUCUUAGUUGUGUGGAGUCAUGUUGUCACUGGCUCACGCUGUCAUGUACGUGUUUGUCUCUGCUGCUUGACCUCAUGGGAAUCCCCCUCCAAUUCCAACUGCCCUAACAGACAGCCCCUUCCAAGCACUGCUCUUCACCAGCGGCAGCCGCUACCUACUCAAGAGCCUCACUCACACAAAAUCUGCCUUAGGGAAGUUAAUAUAUUUUAAAUUAUUUUAAAAGAAACUCAACACCUUAUUCUUUGGCUUUUCUUAAUUGAUGCUUUAUGGAGGCAGUGUUAACAUUGUACAGUGUGUGCAUAGAGGAGUUUCCUCUAUUAUUUGAAGAAAAACAUUGCAAAAUGAGGCUUUCAUUGAAGGGAGAAAAGAGAAAGAAAGAAAGAAAAAAAAAAAGCUUGUCUCUGUUCCUUUUUUUCCAUUAAGAAAAAGAAAAAUCUUUAAAACAAGCAUAAAGUGGGGACACUAGUGGGCAUUUGAGCCAUGCACGUAGUGGAGAUACUGCCUCCAGCACUGACCUCUUGGCUGCAGCUUCAAACUCCACUGGAAAACUUGGGGACCACGCUCUCCAUUGACAGGAAAACAUUCCUCCCUUACACGGCACAUGCUUAACUUCAAGGUCCAGCGUGCUGAAAAUGUCUCCACCUCAGAUGCAUCUUCCCCAGCUAAUGUGAUGAAGAGCAGGUUGGUCGUGGCCCACCGGGUGCUCUCCAGGGUUGGUAGCUAUGCACAGCCCCUCACCCUGCCCAAGGGAAGCCUGGUCCUGAGGGAGUGCAGAUGCUUCUCUGCAGCUGUACAGAAGCCUGUAGGCAACAGUCUGACAGCCUCCCAGGAGAGUUUAUCCUGACACUAGAGACAAGCCUGACAGGAACGCAGGAGCAGGCAUGUCCGUCACACUCAACAAGCACCUUAUUCCUACCAUGGAGGACUGGUGUAAAGGCAGCCCAGCUGCACAGACAGGAGCACCCACAGCAUCCCAUCCCUCCCCAAGUGGUUUGCACAGCCAGUGGCCAGAAAGGCAGUCUGAAGGCUAACUGUACUAGUACAGUUUCUUUGCUAUCGUUACAGUAGAAUGUGGAACCUGCUGGGAAGCCUUCUAAGAGACAAAGACCAGUGUUUUGUUUCUGACAGGGUGUAUCUCACCGGGCUGGCCUGCAACUGGCUGGUAAUUCUGCCUCAGCCUCCUGAGUCCUGAGAUUAUGGGCAGGGGACCACAUUGGGCCACAAACGACCAAUUUGAAGUUUUGUAACAGAGUAGUUUUGAUCAGAAAUCCACUAGCACCAAUGUAAAGUAGAUACAAAAGUGAAAACAUUUAAAUUCGGAGAUGCAGACCUUGAGUUGGAAGACAACUGAAGCGUGUUCAGUUUGAACAUUACACUGUAGACCUAACAGAUAAGACAAAUUUUGUCAUCCCAGCAACUGACUUUAAAGACAUACCCCCCCCCCC